AUGGAUAUUGCAUUACACGAUAAAACAUUAACAGUUUGUUCAAUCGGAUUAUUAAGUGUCCAAGAUCAUUUACAACCAUUUUGGGUCGGUCUUAUGGAUGGAGAUGGAAGUAUUCAAGUCAAUCAUUGGCGAAAGAAAAAUUUACAAUAUCGACUCAUUAUCAAAUUAUCAAAUUUAGAGUCUAAUGUUCAAAUGUUAAUGUUCAUAAAAGAUCAAUUUAAAGGAUAUGUCAGAUUUACUAAUAAUGGUAAAUUUGUUAUUUGGGUAUUAGAUAAUAAAAAAGAUAUUUUAAAUGCUAUUAAAACUUUUGAUAAGUAUCCUCCUUUAACUAGUCGGCUUAUUUGCUCUUUAAUUUUUUUAAAAACUUGUGUCUCUCAUAAUGAUGUUGAAACUUAUUUAAAUUCUAGAAAUUUAAAAUAUUCUAAUCAAAAUGACAUAGUUCAAGAAAAUUUAAGUAAAUCAAUACCUCUAUAUUUUAAUAGUUGGCUAUCAGGAUUUAUUGAAGCAGAAGGUUGUUUUUCUAUUCGACAAAAUAAAUAUUCUUCUUUUUCCAUAGCACAAAAUAAUGAUAUAUAUAUACUAAAUUUUAUAAAAAAACAUUUUGAUAUUUCGAAUAUAAUUAGAAAACCAUAUAAAAAUAAAGAUUUUUAUUCUUUAGAGGUUUACAAAAAAGAUGUCUUAAAUAAAAUUAUACAGCAUUGUGAAAUGUAUCCAUUAUUAGGUGCUAAAAAAGAUAGUCUCUUAAAAUUCAAACAAACUGUUUAA